CAUGGCGUGGGUGCCCAACGAGGAGGGGAAGGAGCUUGCGGCCCCGCUCCCCAUCUCUGGCGUGAGCGAGAUCAAGGAGGUUAAGCUGUAUGAGAUGGAAGCCAGUCCGCCUUGCGUCAUGGUCAGGUCCUUCCUGGCGUAUGCUGGCAUUGCGCAUCAGAGCAUCUUAGUCUCCAUGCCCGGCAAGAAGGAAAUCAAGUGGUCUAAGUAUAAGAAAGUUCCCAUCGUCACUGUCAACGGUCUUCAGAUCAACGACUCGUAUAUCAUCUUCAAAGAGCUUUCUCGUAUCAUCUUCGGGAGACAGCUGAGCGAGAGUGAGUCGAGACAGGUCCAUGAGGUGACGUAUGGGCUGCUGCUCGCCUACGAGGCCGAGAUCUUCGGGAACGAGGAAUCCAGGAGCAGAUUCAUCGCCACUUUCCUCAAAGGCAACUGUUGCUUCACAUGCUUCAUUGUGCCCCUGAUACGACACAUGCUGAGCAAAGCACCUGCAAAGAUCAAGAAAUCGAACCCAGGGUUGAAAUCGUUGGACGAGUACGGGAAGAAGAUCAGGUCGGAGAUGGCUGGCACGUUCAUCGGAGGAAGUCAGCCUGGCCCUGUUGAUGUCAUGGUGUGGGGCCUCGUAGAGCAAGCAAGGCAUAUCGAGGUGAAGACGAUGGAGAGUUGGCUGUCGAGGACCGACCUCAUGCCAUGGUUCAAGAACAUGGAUGGAAUCAUGUCUUCAAAGAAGAGCAUCUGGUGAAGGAGAUUUCCUUGUUGGGCUAGAUC